UAUAACAAGACUCCUAUUCCGUACAUGUGAUCAUAAUGUCAUAAAUAGUUUGGAGUUGAAAUGAACUUAAAUGUGUGCGUUUGUUACCGUUAGCUGAAUAUCGAUCUCCGAAUGGGAGUUUCUUUAAUGUCGAUGAAAGUAGGACUACGACUUUUUAGUGUUGUGUUUCUAUGGGCCCCCAUAUAUUGCCUUAUUUGGGAGUCGUCCCCUUAAUAGUUGGCUAGUCCUAAACUCAACCCUUUGGUCCUUCAUUUCCAGUCGGUAUUUGUGUUUGUCUAGCUUCUACGUGAUACAGUGUGACAAGGUUAUUAGCAAUGUCAAUGGAACAUCCCAAUUUGCCACCUCCACCACUGCUGCCUCCUCCACCACCUCCACCUCCUCCCACAGUGCCAGGACCGUCAGUGCCCGGGAAAAAGAAGCUCUAUCAGGCCAUAGCUGAGGGAAGGCCCGCUGUAGAGGGAGACCAUGAGGAGGCUCUGUGCCUUCUCAAGCAAAGGGAGAUUGGCUUUAGGAAAGACCUACAGUGGUUGCUGCUCAACAAAUAUGUGCCUUCUCUUAUUCAGGAUGGUCCGCAGUGUGGUUUAGUGGCCUUGUGGAUGGCAUCACGAUUGCUACAGCCGGCAAGGAACAUUUCCAUGGAUGUGGUAGUUCAAACAGCACUGACAAAGGGUUAUACUGUGCAAGGGGAGAUGUUUUCAGCUAAGGACAUGACCUCACUUGCACAGGAGGUCUGUGGAUGUAAAGCAGAGCUUCUGAAAGGGGGAAUGGAUGGGGUCAACUUCCCCCGAAUCCUGAGGCAUCUCAUCGAGGGACAGCCUGUUCUCAUACCAUAUGACGAGGACUUCAACCAUGAGCCCUGUCAGCGCAGUGGUCACCGAGCGCACUGGGCAGCGGCAUCAGGUAUAUUGGUGGGUUUGACCAUUAACAGUUUGGACAUCAGGCAGCUCCACUCUGACCCGUCUCUUCCCUGGGUCUUCAUGCCUCGGGAGGGGGACCCUCCUGUGUGGUCCAUGGAUAGUGUGCAAGAUGUGUAUGUUUUAGCCAAGCAGGGCAAAAGCCUACGAUAUCAGUUGUGGAACUUUGGAAUUGUGACUGAAAGCAAUCGGCAACUCAGAGAGUUGGAUCCGCAGCGGGCAAAUGAUGGGACAAGCUAUGUGCUGCCCCCUGGUGGUGUGGAAAUGGGAUUGGCUGGCCAGGCGGUGCUGCUCCACACCAAAAUACCAGCUUCCUGAAAGUCCAGUCAACUAAAAAAAAAGACUCAACCCAAAAGAAGUUGCAGUAGUAAUGUUUCAUAGUUUAUGAAUACCCUCCUGCAUCAUAUAUUAACAAAUACCAUCAUAGAUUUAGUGGAACAUACUUUUUUCAAAGUAAAAAGCUAAGUUUGGACUAAUAUUAGAGUGAUGUGGUCUUGUAUAUUUUAUAAAUAUUGGAGGAUCUAUGUUCACCUAUCCAACAUAUCCGGUGUCUUUUUCUAACAUCUGUGGGCUCAAUCUGUGUAUUAGAACACUUUCAGUGAAUAGUGUUUAAUGCAAAGUGAAUAGUGCCGAAACUCUACAUAUAGUAUUGUUUUGAAAACAUAUUCGUGCCUUCAACUAAAAAAUCUACAUUUUAAGUAUUUUUAGCAUAUUUUUGACAAAGGACAGGAAGCAGUAGGAGAGAGAUAUGGGGUGGGAUCGGGAAAUGACCAGGGUCGGACUUCUACCAGGGUCCUCAAUAAUGAAAUGAAAUAAGACAAUUCUGAGGUAAUGAAUUGAUUAUAACCUAAUUUGAUUGGUUUGGAUUCAAAAAUUUUUGUUUUUCAGUAAGUGACGAUGUGAAAGAACACUACAAGAGCAAUACAGUAAUUUGCUGUGUAUUGGCUGCAUUUUGUAUAAACCACAGGACAGUGCUUUAUGCAAAUUAAACAAAACCAUGUAUUAACAACACCCGGGUAUUAAACGCAGUGUCCAAUAGCCCAAUGAAUCAGAGUCAUAUUGUGAUUUAAUCAUAAAGAAAAGAAAUGUAUUCACAUAGCCCGCCCCAAUAUAUUAACCUAUAGCUGAAGAAAUGUAGCAAAAUGAAACCUUGAUUAAUUAUAGGAAAUUAUGUUAUAUCACAAAACAAAACACUAUAAAACUAGAUCACAAAAGUAUGUUGAAAAGCCCCCCCCGAGUUCAACCUCUGAACUGACCUUGACCCACUAAGUACAUUGCGAAAUGCAUUAAAAUGCAAGGAUUUAAAGGGACAUCCGGCAACAUUUUCGUGUUAAUUAAUCAUCUUCGUAAGUCGGUAUAUGGUCAAAUGA